AUGUUCUGUAAAAGAACUAUGAAUACAAAAGAAAAGGAAAAAUAUAUUGAAGAAUUCGACUUUCCGUUUUGUGACGAAGCCAGCAAAUAUGAAAAGGUUGCAAAAAUUGGACAAGGAACCUUCGGGGAGGUAUUUAAAGCUCGUGAUAAAAGUUCGCAUAAAAAAUUCGUUGCCAUGAAGAAAGUCUUGAUGGACAAUGAGAAAGAAGGUUUUCCAAUCACUGCGUUGAGGGAGAUCCGCAUUCUUCAAUUACUGAAGCAUGAAAACGUAGUGAACUUAAUUGAAAUAUGUAGAACAAAAGCAACUCAAUUUAACAAGUAUAGGUCAACGUUUUACCUUGUGUUUGACUUCUGUGAACAUGAUUUAGCUGGUCUUCUGUCGAAUGUUAAUGUAAAAUUUAGUUUAGGAGAAAUAAAAAAAGUGAUGCAGCAGUUAUUAAAUGGAUUAUAUUAUAUUCACAGUAAUAAGAUUCUUCACAGAGAUAUGAAAGCUGCUAAUGUACUUAUCACAAAAAACGGAAUAUUGAAGUUGGCAGAUUUUGGUCUUGCCCGAGCAUUUAGUGUAAAUAAGAAUGGCCAAGCUAAUAGAUACACAAAUCGAGUAGUGACAUUGUGGUAUCGCCCUCCUGAAUUGUUAUUGGGAGAUCGGAACUAUGGACCUCCUGUUGAUUUGUGGGGGGCAGGCUGCAUAAUGGCAGAAAUGUGGACUCGAAGCCCCAUUAUGCAGGGCAAUACUGAACAGCAACAACUUACUUUAAUAUCUCAAUUAUGUGGGUCAAUAACACCUGAAGUUUGGCCUGGAGUGGAAAAUCUUGAACUCUACAAUAAAAUGGAUCUACCCAAAGGACAAAAGAGAAAGGUAAAGGAAAGAUUAAAACCAUAUGUGAAGGACCCUUACGCAUGUGACCUGCUGGACAAGUUACUUGUGUUAAAUCCUUCAAAACGCUACGAUUCUGAUUCUGCUUUGAAUCAUGACUUUUUCUGGACUGAUCCAAUGCCAUGUGAUCUGUCCAAGAUGUUAGCACAACAUACUCAAAGUAUGUUUGAAUACUUAGCUCCUCCGCGUAGACCAGGACAUAUGCGAGUGCAUCAUCACCAUCAAGGUGGUGCUGGGGCAGCAGGACCUACAACAAGACCAUCUUCUUCCAUGGAUAGUGGUUACCAGGAUCGUAAUGGGCUGUAUAAAGCUGAGUAUCAAGAAAAAAAUGUGAGACUAGUACAUAUUUUGUUUGUUAAUUUGCUACAAGAGACCAAAAUAUUCUUGAUGUUUAUUUUCUGUGAUAUAUAUAUUUCUGAUUUUAAAAAAAUAAUUAUAUUUUUUGUAUGGCAUAAUAGUUCAGGCAAAUGCAAUAAAAUUGUAAAACCAUGUAUUACAUUUAGUGUUAGGAAUAUGUAUUACACUCUGUAUAUUUGCAAUUUUUUACAUAUUCAAUGCAAAAUUUUAUUACUUGCAUACAUAUUUCUUAAUGGAAAAAUUGUACUUUGCAUUUUGAAAUUUAACACUGCAAUCAUCAACAAGUGCGAGCUGACGUCAGCGGGAGGAGCGGCGCGGCGACGUGGACUGCGGCAGCGCGUGCUCGCGUCCGCGCCUCGCUGCCCGCCCCGGCGAGCGGCCGACGACGUCGGCAGCGGCGGUGCGGCGUACGCGGCGCCAACACUCGACUCGACCGCGGACUUGGCGCGGCGUGGGAUCGAAGGCGACGUUGAGGAGCGCAUUAGCGCCCGCCCGGCCAUGGCGCCCGCGCCCCCCGCCCCGCCCCCGCGCGCGCUCGCGCUCCUCGUCUUCGGCCUCGCGCUCCUCCGCCCCUCGCGGGCGGACCUCUACGACUACGAGCUCGAUGGCGGGGGCGGCGCGUAUCGAGCGGGCGAUUUCGGCUUCCGCGUGCCCUCUCCGGAAGAGACGCCGCCGCGGCCGCGCCCCGACGCCGUGCAGGGGGCUCUGGAGCAGGCGCCGCCUCCCCCCGCGGCGCUCCCGGCCGCGCGCGAGGCCGACGAGGAGGCGUGGCGCCUGCGGCUGAACUUCCGCCAGGCGCAGCCGCCGGCGCGCCGCCGCCGCAGCAGGCAGCAGGCGGCAGUGGCGUCGGCGCCCACGCCGGCCCAGCAGGAGGCGCCGCCGCCCGACACGAGAAGAAGGCGAGCCAGGAGGCGGCGUCGAGCGUCGAAGCCGAGGCGGAGGCGGCGGCGCGGGCGGCGGCGCAGGCGGCGGCGGCGGCGGCGGCCCCGCAGGCGGAAUGGCCGCCCCGCCCGUGGCCGAGCUGCGCGGCGGCGGGGGCGCGCGCGCAGCCGGCGCCGGGCAGGUGCGCCCCGCCGCCGUCGCCAACCCGUUCGAGGACGAGGACGAGGAGGAGGCCGAGGGCCCCGCCGCCGAAGUGCUGGUGCCGCAGGCCUCCAAGCCCCAACGCAGCAGCGCCGUGCAGCAGAAGCCCGUCCUCCUGCCCCCGGACAACUCCGACCUCUACUUCAUCGGCUCCAGAAGAGCGCUAAGGCGGCGGCGGACGUGGAGUAUCCGGCGUACGGCGUGACGGGCCCCAACAAGGACGUGUCGCCCACCGGCGACAGGCGGCUGGCCCAGUCAGCGCAGAUGUACCACUACCAGCACCAAAAGCAGCAGAUAAUUGCCAUGGAGAGCCGGAUCCCAGCGGAGCGCAAUGGUUCCGUGUCGGAGGCGGAGAGCGAGGAGGAGAACGAAGAAGGCGACUACACGACCGGCGAGAUGGAGGUGAAGAACCCGCUGUUCCACGACGACCCGACCCCCGCCACGCCCGCCGCAGGCCCCGUGCUGGGGGCGGUGUCGAGCGGCGCGGCAACUUUACGACGUUCCUGCGCCAAACCCGGCUCCUAAGGAACUCCCGUUGGAACUCAACUCUGCUCUGGAUACACUAGCUCGUCUUCAGAACGAAGCCACAGCCGCGAUAUCCAGGCUUCUCGGUUAUGUUGGCCCCUUGUGGAGACGACAGGAUAAGUUGGAAUCCAAGCUAAUGGACAUUCGGUUGGCGGUUGUGCGCUUGCGAACCUCUAUCCACGACCUUGCAGAGUUUGGUGAAGGCGCUCUGGGGAACGCUGGCCGUGCUGCUGAUAAGGGCUUAGCCACAAAAUUAAGGCCCCUUGUGAAGGCCUUGCGAGAUGCGGAUCGACUAGUGCAAGAUGCUGCUACCUCUUUGGAUGCUCUAGAGUGGUCUGCAGAAGCUUUGUCCCAUUCCGAAGACGACCAGCUGGAUGGUAAACGAACGACACCCCAACCUCCAGAUGCACUGGACCAACUAAUUGCGUGUGCCAGAGCUUUAACGGAAGAUGUUCGACAAAUAGCGUCUUUCAUUCAAGGAAAUUCUACUCUACUUUUUAAAAGGACUAGUACUCCACCAGGAAACAACAAUAGUGAAUGGCUUGAAGAUUAUGAUUAUGUUAAUUUGGAGUCCAGAGAAACUGUUGCUAAGCAGCAUGCAGAAAUUUUAGAUGCUCUCCCUGCGGAACUUCGUAAAUCAUAUGACGCGCUAGUAAAAGAAGCAGAAUCUGCUGCUGUUAUGAACGAACCCAAAUCAAGUGAUGGCGGAGAGUUGGAUCCCAAUGACAGACAAGUAUUGGCUUUCUAUGCAGCUCAAACUGUGACAUAUACCACACAUUUAACUCACGCAAUUGACGCUUUCCUGCAAACUGUUGAGCACAAUCAGCCUCCAAAAGUGUUUCUUGCGCAUGGAAAGUUUGUGGUUCUCAGUGCACAUAGGCUGGUUCAUAUUGGUGAUACAGUGCAUCGCAAUGUUGUUCGACCUGAAGUGAGAGAGCGUGUCUUACAAUGUGCAAAUGCUCUGUCUGAAGCACUUGGAGCUACUGUUCAUAAGACUAAGCGAGCAGCUUUACAGUUUCCUAGUGUGACAGCUGUUCAGGAAAUGGUGGAUUCUGUGGUAGACAUUUCACAUCUUGCAAGGGACCUUAAACUCAGUAUGGUUCAAGCAGCUAACCAACCAUAAGUACAUGAAUUGUGUUGUAUGAUAUUCAUAAGUGUACUAGUAAAGAGGACCAGUGAAAGUGAAUGAUUUGUGAAAGAAUUGUAGCUAAAUAUUGUGAUUCUCUCAUGAAGAAAUGUCUUCAAAAUUUUCUGUAUAUAAAUGCAUAUAGAGCUUAUUCUCUUUUAUGUCACACUUAUAGUUUUAGUAAUAGUUAAAAUUUAUUUUUAUAAAUUUUGAGACCUCUAUAAAAGAAAAUUAUUUUUAUUUAAAACUCCCUCUCGGGAGAGAAACUAAAAGGUAUGAAUAUAAUGUGGUAUUAAUUGUUGUUUGGUGUUGUUUCUUUUUGUUAUAAACUUGUUUUUGAUUAAUUCCAAAUUAUAUCAUAACUUUAUGUAUAUAAUCAUUGUUCUGCAUAUGUUCACUUUAAACAGUAUUUUAGUUUCUCAUUUCAUUCAUUUUAUUUCAUUUACGCAAAAUAAAACAAAAGAGGUUUGCUAAUUAUUUGAAUAUUAAAUAUCUUCUAAAGCACAGGAAGGCUUUGUUUUUUCCCCAUUCUAAAAGAAAUGUUUAUCUACAGUGAGCAUCAAAUCCAUGUUCUAUGUAUAUGGAUGGAAUUAAAUAGGCUCUGGAUGCCUAUAAAAAUAUAUAUUAAAAUCAUAAAGGGAUUCUCUUCAGAUUGAAGAAAGCAUUUUUUUAUUUCCAUAAUAUCUCAAAAUACUGUUAUUUCUAAAAUAACAGUUUUUCCCCUAAACAUAAUACUCAAGUACUGGAAAGUCUUGGUUUACUUUUUGUUCAAAAUUGUGAUUGAAUGCCAAUAUUAUGUCUCUGUAUGCACUUGUGUACUAGAAAAACUCAAGGCAUUAAUUCAAAUCUUUCUAGUUAUUCACUUCAGUAAAUUUGGUGGUAAAAAGCUUUUUAGCAUCCAGAACUGAAAGUUAAAGACUGAUUUGUUUCAAGAAUUAUUUCAUUUUGCAAUUGUGAUGCUUACUGAUGUGCGGCAGUAAUGUGUUGUUUGAUGUCUAUUCUUUACAGGAAAGAUCUUGAGCAAUGAUGCAUGUUGUAUUUUGUACCCAGUGUGUUGAUGAUUGAAAUGUCUCUGGAAUGUGUGGAAAUUAUUUUUCUUGUUUUUUAAGCUUGAAAUAAUGUUCAUCUCAGUUGCAAGUGUGCUGAGAUAAUUUCUUCAAUAGUUGUCCAUGUUUCAAGUAGGUGGGAAGUCUUUAAUGUGCUAAAACUACAGUAUAGCACAGGUCAUAUCCGAUCUGUAGUGUGUUAGUACAAAAUAAUAUAUAGACAUUUGGUUGCUCCAUUUUAUCAUAAAUACAUUUUGUUGAUGUCAUUGUCAAGAAGGACCUGUUUUCUCUAUAACUAAAUGGCAAAUUUAAAAUUGUAACUGGAAGUAGGUGCUAAUUAAAAUAGUACAUUCACUAUCUAGAAUAUAUUUCUGUUUAUGUGUCAAUAUACUAUAGAGCUCGGUUGUGUAGAAUUUAUCAUAUAAUUGUAAUAUAUUCAUAAAUUAGAAGAAAUUAGUGUUUCCUGAGCACUGUAACAAUACAUUUCUCUAUUUCGCUUCCUUUUUACACGAGGUGCCAUGACUUGUCCUGUAUUCUGAGAAACUUGCUUGGAAAUACGCUAGUAAUUUUGUUAUUUCAGAAAAGCAUAGUUUUGUUAUUCUGUGCAAUUAUGUUGUCAUAUUAAGAGUAUAUUCUGAAUGACAUUGAGGCCCUUUGUUCAGAUCAGUGGUUCUCAAAAAUUGUAUUUCUCUUAAAAACAUUAGAAAAGUUUCAGCCCUUAAUGUAAAAAAAAUGAAAACUCAUUUCAGACCAAAUGGAUUUUUUAUAUACAAAAACAAUUUUAAUACAAACAUAUCUAUUUAUUUCUAAAAACUAUUUUCUGAGAUGGUUUUGAUUUGAAAUACUUUGUGUAGAUCUACUAAUGAAAAAAAAAAACAACUCUUGUUCACAAUUUAUUGACUGUGACAAAAAUGUAAUGAUUUAAUUAAAUGUUGGGUCAAGUUAUUAGAAAUGUUACUUAUAAAGUACACAUGUGUAAAAUAGAUUUUUCACACCAACUUUGAGAACCUCUAGUGUCAAUCAUACUCCUACUGAAUUAUUGUCAUCAUUUGUGAAAUUAAACCCAACUUGAGUUCCUGAAUGUACAGCAUACAGUAAUUGGCAUUGUUUGUAGAUUGCGAAUGAAUGUCAUAUAUGUAUAUUUCAAAUGUGGUAGCACUUUUUAUAUAUAAUAGAAUUUUCAAAAUGACUUUACUCUAUGCAUAGUUGAAAUAUUUCUUUCAGUUAAUAUUUGCUUGCUUAGGGAAACAAAAGUCGAUGUAUGUUCUUUAUUAAGAAAUAUGUAAUGAAAUGUUCUAGUUCAUCACAAUUAUGGAAUUAAAUAACAGAUUUGAAUCUUCUGAAGAAUAAGGUAAUUGAU